AUGAAGCUCCGCAGCAAGGCGGCGGCGCUGCUCCUGCUGGCGCUGGCCGCCCUGCUCCUGGCGCUGCUGUCCCUGCGCGCCCGCCGCGCCCAGCCCCCCGCGCCGCCCGCGCGCCCCGCGCGCCCCGCGCCCGCCCCGCAGCGCCGCCCCGCGCCGGCCCCCGCGCGCCCCCCCGGCCCGGGCGCCCUCCCCGGGGCCGCCCCGCGCGCUCGGCGGCGCCGGCCCCCGCGCCCGCGCCCCCGCCCCCGCCCCCGAGCCGGCCGCCGGGGCGCCGCGAGCCUGGAGAAGUUGGCGAGGAGGCCUGGAGAACUCAGGAGUUUUCAGGCUGUGCUGCCUCCAGAGCUCUGGAUCCACUUGGCUGUGGUGGCCUGUGGCAAUCGGCUGGAGGAGACACUGGUCAUGCUCAAGUCAGCUGUACUCUUUAGCCACCGGAAGAUCCAAUUCCACAUCUUCACAGAAGACUCUCUGAAGCCCGAGUUUGAUAAGCAGUUACGACAGUGGCCUGACUCAUAUACAAAGAAAUUUGAGCACAGAAUCUACCCCAUCACGUUUUCAGUUGGAAACCCUCAGGAAUGGAAGAAAUUAUUCAAACCAUGUGCUGCUCAGAGACUCUUUCUUCCGGUGAUUUUAAAGGAUGUGGAUUCUCUUCUUUACGUGGACACUGAUGUUCUCUUUCUGAGACCUGUCGAUGACAUCUGGAAGCUUCUGAGGCAAUUUAACGCCACACAGCUUGCAGCCAUGGCUCCUGAACAUGAAAUCCCCAAGAUUGGCUGGUACAGCCGCUUCGCUCGGCACCCUUUCUAUGGCUCUGCUGGAGUUAAUUCAGGAGUCAUGCUGAUGAAUUUAACUCGCAUACGAAGUGCUCAGUUUAAGAACAGCAUGAUUCCAACAGGCUUGGCUUGGGAGGACAUGUUGUACCCUCUGUACCAGAAGUACAAGAAUGCCAUCACGUGGGGAGACCAGGAUUUAUUAAAUAUUAUUUUUUAUUUCAAUCCAGAAUAUCUCUAUGUGUUCCCCUGCCAGUGGAACUACCGUCCCGAUCACUGCAUGUACGGAAGCAACUGCAAAGAGGCUGAGCGGGAAGGUGUGUCUGUCCUGCACGGAAACCGAGGCGUCUACCAUGACGAUAAGCAGCCAACUUUCAAAGCGCUCUAUGAAGCAAUACGGGAUUUUCCCUUUCAAGACAAUCUCUUUCAAUCCAUGUAUUACCCUCUCCAGCUGAAGUUUUUGGAGACUGUGCACACUUUAUGUGGACGAAUCCCACAAGUGUUUUUGAAGCAAAUCGAGAAAACAAUGAAAAGGGCUUAUGAGAAACACGUCAUCAUCCAUGUGGGCCCCAACCAGAUGCACUGAAUAUUUUUCAUAUUGUCGCAAGUGGAUUAGGCCUCUCGAGAAUAAGGAAAUGUUCAUCUUUAAGCUGCCUGGAUCUCUUUUGUGUGAAUAUUUAAUGGUGCUCUCUGACAGUUGAGUUUAAAAGGCCUCGUUACAUGUUGCUAAAUUAGUUGCCCUUAAAAGGAAAUAUGCUUUAAUUUUUUAAAAAAUGCUAUUUAUCUCUGUUUUUUUGUUUUAAAUUGUAUUAUUAUUCACUUAACAUUGUUCAAGCAGGUGGAGCUAGCUGUGAAAAGGAACUUUUGUGAGCCUUCCAAUUCCUGUUAAAUAUCUGAGACAACGUCAGUGACAUCUCAUGUGGUGUAUUAAUCUAAUAUUCUUGAGACUCUCUCUAUGCAAUUGACUCCCCCAUACCCCUCUUAUAAAAGUAAUACAUGCUUGUUGUAGAACAGAAAAAUGUUAAAAACCUGUAGGGAAUACAGGUGGACCAAAAUCAAAAUUAGAUUAAGCAUGACCCUCCCAACCAGUGAAAAGAUCGUUAUGUUAAUGGGUAGUUUCUUCUAGCCUUUUCUCCUUACUGCUUUAUUUAUUUGCUGUCUGUCUUUCCCAUUGUGACACAUAUCUGAAACAGGUCAUUGAACCAUUUGAGUAAAAGCUGGCCCCUCAGUAAAAGCUGAGAUUUUUCUGUAGAGACAAAAAUUUAGAGAAAAUGAUUAUGGUUACAGGGCUUUAUUUAAAACACGUGUGGCAGAGGUAUUCAGAUUUCAGCUGAUUGGGCAGUGUUAAAGGAUGAAGCAGAUCUGGGAGUGUUUUUAAAGAAAAACUGUUUAGAUGUGUGGAUGAUUAAAUUAUAAGAAAUAUUUAUGCAACCAUACCUUCUGGAAGGAAAUUCAAUAGUUGUGUUAGACCCAAGGGGUCAAUUUAGCAAAGAUGUGAUUUUGUGUUUACACACAGACAAGACUAUUUUCUCUCUUAACUUACUUAGUAGGUGUGACCUUCUCUCUUCUUUAAACUCUUGAUCAAUAGGUGGAAAUUAAAGGCCAACUCCAAACUUAUGUGUACAGAAUAGAUGGUUCAGCUGAUUCUAUUGACAAGAAAAUUCACUUCCUACCAGCCUUAGGAAGGUCUCUUUAAAUUUUUUUCCUUCUCUAGGGUUACCUAACUGUUAGCCAAGGAACCAGGCAGGUUUUAUCACCUAGCUACAGUAGAGGAAAUUCUAUAUUCCCCCAAGGGAUCUGACUUAAUCCCUAGUUGCUCCUGUAGCUGAUAUCAGGGUAAAGCAUUUUGCAUAAUGCUUUAUCGCAAAAACUUGUGCAGAAAUAAUCUUUGAUGUUAGCAAGAGCCUAAUGAACUUAGUAGGGGCCUGUAUCAUCUCUGUUGAGCAAAUAAGGAAAUUGUAACACAAAGAAACAAGCACACCCAAUGCAAUUGCUGUUCUGUAAGACAUAGAGAUAUGUAUAAGAUGCAUCCUGUUUUACAGAGAAUUUUUUGAAAAUAAAAAUAUUAAAUCUUCUCAUCAUAUAUAGACAAUUAUGUAAAAAGUAUAAAAUGAAAAAUAAUAUUUUGUUAAUGCAGAUGUGGUGUUCUAAAUAGUGGAACCCAGUAGGAUAUCAUAGGUACUAUAUUCACAGAAAAAGUCUUACCCGCCAAAAAUAUAUGAAGAUCUCUGUGCUCCAAAGAAAUAUAUAGAUAUCAAUUAAUAUGAGUAUACAGCACCAUUAUGGUAGUAACAAAUUCUAAAAUGUUAGAGGAAUAGCCUGUACUUUCCUUUUGGUCAGUUGGGCGGUCUGUGAUUUGUUAUUUCUGUUAAGGAAAUUACCAUUAUGAUGUGGAACUCUUCACUGUUAUAUUUUAUGUUUCCUCAAUUCACCAUUAAAGGUGAUGUCAUUCGUUAUUUUAUAUCUAAAGGCCAUGGGGCAAUUUUUGGAUUGUCUUUUGGAUGGGAGGAAAACACAUCCUACAUACCCACAAAUGGAAUUUUAGUGAAAGAGCCAGAAUGUAAACAUGAUUCCCUGACUUCCAUUUCAGUCUUUCAACUUGUUCAGCAUGGCCAGUAAACCCUUACAAAUGUCACUCAGAUUUGUUAGUGACUUACGGACCUAAAGAAGUUCCUUUCAUCCUUUGGUGAGUCCCACAAAAAAAUCUGCUGUAAAGACUACAAAUACAGGAACGCCUUUUCUUUUAUGAGAGUCUGGUUUACCCACAACUCUUUAACUAUUGGUUCUGGUCUAAAUACACAGAACUGGAUUCCAGCAAAGGGCUAUGAUAGAAUUCUAGAACAUUCUAGAAUGAUGCAGUAUGAAAACGUGAAACCUUAGAAUUUGGUGUGGUUUUUUUCCCUUGGAAUUUCUUCAUGAUAUCCUGAAAUUCUAGUUGAGUUUGUGGAGAAUUUGGAGAAAAUUUGCUCUUCCAAUCCCUGCUGCCUAAAAGUGCUAAUUAUUUUCUAUUUAGAAUGUUACCAUGAGGCAAUAUUUUCUUUGCCUUUGGUAAUUUCCAGACAAAUAUUACAUUAGCGCCUUUGAAAUCUGGGAACUGUAGAUUUUAAUUCAGUGGACUCCUAAAUCAUGCAGUCUGUGGUCUGAAGUUUGCCAAAGGUUGUGCUGCUCCAUAUGGCACAUUGAAUCUCUAUGAGAAGAGCAUGAGACUGGUUCAUCUCCUCUUCUUGUUUCCUUCAGAAUUCCGGUCAAUGAAUACAACUACAGAGUUCACUGGAGAAUGAAAGAACACUUUCCAGUAGUAAAAUAUAACUAUUUUUGUAUGUAUUGAGAUUGAAACUUUCUGUAGUAGGAUGACUAGAAAUAAAAUAUUUUUCCUCUGAAUUUUUUUCCAAUACAAAUCUCAGAAAUUGUGACUUAGAUUGAAAAUUUCAACAUUAAAAAAAAAAUUAACUGCCUAGAAAAUCUGUUUUAAUUUUCCUUCAACUUCCUGAAUGUCAGUUUAGCAUUUAAGGGCGUAACACUCCAGCUAUGCUAUUUAUUUGAAAUCUCUAUGACAGACUGAGUGCUUCCAUUGCAAAUUGUUGUGACUCUGAUGGAUUUACUAUUUGAAUGGAUAUUUAUAUGGACUCGCCAAAGUUUGAGAGUAUUUAUCUUAUUACACUUAUGGUAUUCAUAAAACAAGCAAGCCAUAUAAGACCUUACUUAUUGACAGUCACAAAAUAGUGCUCCAGUAAUAAUAAUCAUUCCAACCCACCAAGAAGAAAGGACAACAUUCAUACCAAUUUAAGUUUGAGUAUAAAUAUUGCCUGAUAUUUAUACAAAAAAAAAAAGAUGGAUGCCUGUGUUGGAUGAGCCAACAUGAACGUGACUUCAUGAUGGAAAAAUGUUG